UGGAUUUCACUACCUUGCGGUUAAGGAGCAGGAAAUCUGACGGUCCCAUUAAUUUAUUCUGCUACCCAUCUUACACAAGCCAAGGCCCCGAAUCUCUAUUUCUUUUUAUUUAACGGUCCAAAUUUCUUGGUUCUUAGGCUCUGAACAAUGACGUCGGAAGAGGAUGCAAAUUCAAAAUAACUGACCACUUUGUUUUUUCAUUGAAUGCAUUCUUCGAACCACCUAUUUCUUUGUCCAUCACAUUAUUAUCCCUAACCCAAAGAAAGAAACCAACUACUCAACACAAACACCAUUACCUCAUAUCCCUCACAAUUCCUAUCCAAAUCCAAACAACAUUUGAAGUUUUCUCCAAUGACCUCAUCUUCUUCUUCCACCAAGCUCCCUGCUUACCAAAGACUCAUACAUGACGACGAUCUCGACGAAGACGAGUUCGAUUUCGAAAAGAACCGAGUGGUGGUGAGAUCAAGGACAAACAAAGCUACUACUAGUUGGUGCAGGUUCAGAUCGUUCAGAAGGGCUCACAUUCGGAGGAGAUCGUUCAAGCUCAAAGUUCCGAGCCUGAGGAGGUUGCUGUUCUUGAGGAGGAAGGUGAAGGUGGUUUCUGCUCUGUAUGCAAAGGUGGUGAGGAGAUUUAAAGAAGGGCAGUCACACUUUGGUGAUCUUUUUGCUGGAAACUAUUUGUUCUUGCAGAUCAACCCUUCCUCGUUGAAGGCCCUUCACAACAAGGGCACUCCUACUCAUCACUCCCUUCAAUUCAACAAACCCUAUGCCCUCCCAAGCAACAACAUUGCCUAAUCCAUCCGGUCAUACAUCAAAGAGUACUUGUUAUAUUAUAUUUGUGUUCUUUAAAUUAAAAUUGGGGCGUAGGUUGGGGCUUGUGCGCUAAUCCCUUCAGAAUCGAUAGUGGCACCACCUGCACUCCAUUAGGGUCGGCAUUGUUUUUAAUAUUGAUAGGUUUUUUUAGUUUUUUUUGGUCCCAAAUAUUGGUUGUUUUUAUGCAUAACGCUCAUAAGCACUUAAUAAUACAACCAAAUUCCAACAUAUUAUGCAAA